AUGCAGAAAGCUGUGGAGCCUUCGCCACAUCAAGGCACAUCUGCUGAACUAGACGAACCAGAUGCUUCUACUUUAGCUUACAGCGUCUUGUUAAUGAUGGUAUCAGCGUUUGCUUUGAUUCUUUUGUCUUGUCUUGCACAACAAGUGUUGUCUGGCGGUGCUAAUCAGCCAAAAUACGCCUACGAUCCCUCUACAACCAAAUAUUGUACUUUCUGGUAUGACAACGAUGACGGAAGCAUUGCAUGCCAGGACAUUCCCAAUCAAUGGUUCAUUACUGAUGAACAAUGGAUACGCUGGAAUCCAGUGAUUGCAGCAUCGUGCGGCAACUUUGUCAUUGGCAAAUCGUACUGCAUUGAGGCUAGUCAGGAGCCAAUCUCUGCACCCCCUGCUACUCUCAAAUCUACAACUUCUAGUAGUAGUAGUAGCACCAGUCUCAGUAGUUCUACUGCGACGAAACCAAACAAUGGCAUCUCUACUCCAACACCAACUCAACCAGGAAUGGUUGAUAAUUGCAACAAGUUCUACUGGGUGUCCUUGAGUGAAAGGUGUCAAGAUAUUGCCUCCAAAAAUGGAAUCCCUCUUACAGACUUCCUUAACUGGAACCCCAAGGCCGGCCAGCAAUGCGGGAGCCUCUGGGCAGACACCUAUGCAUGUGUCUCGGUGAUGGGCUAUAAGCCACAGCCGACACCUUCAAAGCCCGAUAAUGGCGUGAAAACACCGUCUCCUACACAGCCAGGGAUAGUGGAUAAUUGCGACCGGUUCUACCUUGUACAGGCAGGUGAUUCAUGCGUUACUGUCGCAGCUAAUGCUGGCAUCUCUGUCGCUGAUCUACUUAAAUGGAAUCCCCAGGCAGGCAGCCAAUGUACCGGCUUAUGGGCGAAUGCCUACGCCUGUACUGGUACCAUUCCCGCCUUUCGCUUGAGGACACGGUACCAUAAUGACUGUACUGGCGCCGUCUACAACGACUUGUCUGUUAAUGACGGCACCUGUAUUCGCACUGACUGCUCUGUUGCAUCUCUCGAUAUCUCCCCUGAGGGGUACUGUCCAGACGGACAGAUUCAGAUUAGCUACUGGGAGAAGCCUGACUGCACAGGGAAAUGGUUCGGCUAUGGUUAUGCUAAUAAAGGCCAAUGCCGCCGUCUAUGGGCCGAGGGAUGGAAAUUCAAGGCGCUGCACUUGCGUUGUGCGAAGAAGGAGGAGGAUUGUGUGAGCAGAAGGACAUACAACCGCAGCGAGGCGGCUGCUUCGGUACUAGGGAUGGCCGAUCUGGUAUCACGUAGCUUAGUCACUAGAAGCGCUGCAUUCACAACAUUUUUCUUUUUGUUAGCCUCCCUGCCUUUCACCGCGUCGAGCGUAGUUGACCUUCGACCAGCCAUUGGCUUUGACCUCGGACAGUCCUACGGAACCGCGGUUGCACACUUUUCCAAUGGAACUGUUCUUAAACUCGCCAAGGUAGAAGGGAGUCAGCGCUACCAGGCCUUUUUACAAAGCGAGCUACAAAAGCAACAAGAAGCCUGGUGGUAUCCUUCCCAUGCUGAGAUACAGCGCGAAGACCUGUCAAGGCUCUUAAAGCAAUACAUGGGAAUCGGUGGGCCAGAUGGCGCAGUAAUCCUUGCCGAGAUGCUUAUUGCACUGCGAACCUCAUCAGAAGCUGUUCUAGGUGCUCCUUUACCGGCCACAGUAGUUAUUACCGCGCCGUAUAUAAUCGCCUGGAGCUAUGAAGAAACCCUACAAAUAAGUUACAUUAAAAGGGCACAAAAACUCGCGGGCUUACGAACUGUAAAGAUGGAGAGUAUGACCCCUGUUUAUCUUAGCGAGGCCAACACAAUUCUUGCGGCCAAUAGGCGUAUGCUAUGUCCAGAUCUUUUUUGUAACGGCCCGGAAUGGACCAACGAGAACUUUCACAGAUAUGAUGUGGUGUAUCUUGUCAGCUUAACAAAUCACUCUUUAUACACGUCAUUUCAGAUAUCAACAUGCUUCUUCUGGCCUGCUCGUAGUGCCCAGCUUGGAACUAUUGACCCCAGGUUCGGGUUAAACCAACUGGAGCAGGCAAGUGACCAAGAGAUGUUUUGGCGUGAGCUUCAGGACCACCUCAAGUCCCGAGUCAGAGAGUAUGUCAAGCAACCUGACAAUUACCGAGAAAGCUUCCUCGUCGUCGUGUCAGGCGAGGCUGCGGAUAACCCAAAAGUUGUAGAGGCCAUCAGGGGAAUAAUUACAGACAUGCAAAAAGACCCAGCUUUUAGGGUUGUGGAGACUGGAAGGGCUCCAAGGAUUGAGCUGCUAAUAUCUGAAGAUCCAACGUACGCGGCUGCCAAAGGUGUCGCAUUCGGACAACGAAUAAAUAUGGAUUCGAGAUACUGCGAUGAUUGGUUUGAAAGGGAAAAGGCAAUGGGAGGGGGAAGAGAUGAAGACAGUCGCGAUGAGCUGUAG